AAAUGCCCAGGAGUGUGUGUCACCUGCGCCCGCAACUUGUUGAUUCCCUGGAGCGUCGCCUGCUGGGUCUAGACUUUCUCGCCCCCUUGUCCCCUGGGCGCAGCCCUGGGGAGAUACGGAGAGACGCCCCGGCACAGCACUACCCUCCAACUCCACAGCCAUGAGCAAGUUGGGCAAGUUCUUUAAAGGGGGAGGCUCCUCUAGGACCCGGGCUGCUCCCAGCCCCCAGGAAGGCCUGGCCCGACUUCGGGAGACUGAGGAGAUGCUGGGCAAGAAACAAGAGUACCUGGAGAACCGAAUCCAGAGAGAACUGUCCCUGGCCAAGAAGCACGGCACACAGAAUAAGCGAGCUGCAUUGCAGGCACUAAAGAGAAAGAAGAGGUUGGAAAAGCAGCUCACUCAGAUCGACGGCACCCUUUCCACCAUUGAGUUCCAGAGAGAAGCUUUGGAAAACUCCCACACCAACACAGAGGUGUUGAGGAACAUGGGCUUUGCAGCAAAGGCAAUGAAAGCUGUUCAUGAAAACAUGGAUCUGAACAAAAUAGAUGACUUGAUGCAAGACAUCACAGAGCAACAGGACAUUGCCCAAGAAAUCUCAGAAGCAUUUUCUCAACGGGUUGGAUUUAACGAUGGCUUUGAUGAGGAUGAGCUGAUGGCAGAACUUGAAGAAUUGGAGCAGGAGGAAUUAAACAAGAAGAUGACAAAUAUUCGGCUUCCAAAUGUGCCUUCCUCUUCUCUCCCAGCACAGCCAGAGAGAAGGCCAGCGGCAUCCUCCUUUGCACACCGAUCUCGAGCAGCCUCUUCCAGGAGGGUAGAAGACGAAGACGAUGGAAUCAAGCAAUUGGCAGCUUGGGCUACUUAAUAUAAAGUGGAAUUUCCUGAAAUCGAAAUCGAUGAACUAUGUAUGAGACAUAAAAAAUAUUUUUGCCAAGUUCAGAAGUUAACAAAGACCCUGCUUUAUAUUUACACUGGAUGAAUGAAUAAUUGUCUUUUAAGCCUCAUAAGUAAAAGUUAGGAAAGGAGUUGUGUGUAGACACCGAAUGAAGGAGGAAGAAGGACCUCCUGGUAGCUUCUGAAAGGAUCCCUCCAUGUUGAUGGUGGGGGACACACGUCUCUCUCCUCUGUUGACUCCUGUAUUUACCGUCCUUGAGUUGAUGUUCUCUCUCUAUUUGUUGAAAGCUGAAUUCUACUGACAUGUAUGAUAUGUAAUAGUUUGCAAGCCAUUUAUGAAGGACACGUUUAGGAUAGCUGGGGAAACGUCUUUUCCUAUGUGAAUGCAAGGUUGUGUGUUGUCUAUCCAUGUCGCCCAUGGUAAACCUAAAUAUGUGGAGUCUCUUUUAGGAAAGACUUCUGGUGGGGAAGUCUCCGUAAGAGUCUAUACAUACAUAGUUGCACUUGACUCUUGCAGUUUAAAAUCUUAAAGGAGCUUUAAUUGACAUUUAUUAUGCCAAUUAAGCUUGGAAUGGGGCAAUGGAUGCAUUUCCCAAAAUGUCUGAAAGCACUAAAGGCUUACACUGCUGAGUGAGAAUCUCUGGGGUGUAAUUUAGCCACUUAGGGAGCUGCGUUAACACUCCCAGGCCAUUAUGAUGCUGUUGUGGCUUCUCUGUGUUAAAUGUGAGUGUUCAUUCUUUUCUGUUUUGUGCUCUCUUGCACUUUUUUUUUUUUUUUUUACAAGUUCCGGGAUACACUUUGUAACUAUAUAAAAAUAUUGACAAUUCAAAGUAUGUCCUGAAUAAAAUUUUGGCCAUAAUUGUUUUUAA